CCAACUUUUGCGACAGGGCCCGCCUGUGAGGACCUCACGAUUGCAACUUCAACCUUUCUUUGUUUGGCGCAAGCAAUCUCUUCAACUUUACGGUCGCCAGCUGGAUAACUACAUACAUCAACGAUCCUAAGGUCCAACUCCUCUCCUAAUGGCAAAAGGCCUAUGCUGAUUUUGAUUGAUAGCAGUACAUCUCAGACUGACAUUGAGUGCGCCCUUUCUUUCGCACAGCAGAUUUGAUCUUCAACACACACGUACGCAAGCACGCGCGACCGCGGCCGACCUUUACAAUGGCGGAGGAGGACGCAGAGAUAGCUCUCCUACACAAGCUGCAGGCAGGGCAAGAAGGCGCGGCAUGGGCGGUGGGUGGAGAGAAUGGGGUCUCAGUCAAAACAGAGGCAGAAGGCGGAGUUGAAGACGAGCUACCUGCACAAAAUACUGAGCAUAACAUCCAAGAAGUCCAAAAAGAAGUUGCUGCAGAUGCGAAUGAUCAAGUCCACUGUGCCUUAUCUCCUUCCGGCGAUGAUAAUGUUUCCGAUGGUGGCGAAGAUGAAUAUGAUCCAUCUUCUGUCAUUACUGCUUCUACUCCUCCUCAGCCCGCUCCCGCUGUCAUGAUCGCAGCAGAAGCCGCCUCGAGAUCUAGCUCCAGAACAUCCAUUCGGAAGCGCAAGACCGUGGGCGGUUUCUUAGCAGAUGAUUCGGAUGAGGAGAUCGAUACGGCUACGCCAACACAGAACUCAGCUAGUCUGCAGCCACCAGCAUCUAAUAAUCCUAAACGAUCUCCUUCCCCUUUACAGACAUCUGUCACCACCCAACAAGAUGUUGCGGCUGUACCAGAAAAUCCAAGUGAUUCGAAGGCAGCUCCCAACCCAUCGCAUGUUCCUUCUGUGACUUCUGGACAACCAUCUACUGUGCAAGCUCCUGCCGCUCAGAUACUUACCUCAGCAGGUCCAUCACAGAGUAUCUCUGUACCCAAAGCACGUCUCCCAAAUGACAAAAUAGGUAUACUUGAAGACAGAAUAAAGGAAGACCCUCGAGGCGAUUUAGAUGCAUGGCUGACCCUCAUCGCCGAGCAUCGUGGGCGCCACAAGUACGAUGAAGCUAUUCAGGUCUACGAAAGAUUUCUCGCUAUGUUUCCUCAAUCCGUGAGUAUCCCCAGCAUAAUCCUGUCAGACUUCUGCUAAUCCCUCUAGGCCGAGGUAUGGGCAGAGUACACUGAGAUGGAGCUUGAGAACAACCGACGAGUUGAAGCCGAGGCUCUAUUUGGAAGAUGUUUGUGGUUUGUGCCUAACGUGAAGCUAUGGUCCGUUUAUCUCAACUACAUUCGUAGAGUCAACGAUUUGUUGAGUGAUCCCGAGGGUACCGUUCGAGCAACUAUCUCACAAGCAUACGACUUUGUAUUAGGCGUUAUUGGGGUGGAUCGGGACUCGGGAAAGAUAUGGCAAGAAUACAUCCAAUUUGUCAAAAGUGCGCCUGGUCAUCUUGGAGGUACAAGUUGGCAAGACCAGCAAAAGAUGGAUCAGUUGAGAAAAGCAUACCAGCGGGCUAUUUGUAUUCCAAUGUCCAGUGUGAACGUGCUUUGGAAAGAAUACGACCAAUUUGAGAUGAACCUCAACAAGAUGACGGUAAGCUCGGAGAUGUUGAAAUUCUAAGACCACACUAACAUGUAGUAUAGGGCCGAAAAUUUCUUCAAGAAAAGUCACCAGGAUACAUGUCAGCGCGAAGUGCUAAUACAGCAUUGGAAAAUAUCACGCGAGGGCUGACCAGAACAACAUUGCCAAGACUACCUCCACUCCACGGAUUUGAAGGAGAACCAGAGUACAUGCUGCAGGUUGAGUUGUGGAAGAAAUGGAUUGCUUGGGAGCAAGAAGACCCUCUGGUUUUGAAAGAAGACGAGUUUGAUGUUUUCAAGCAGCGUGUUCUUUAUGUGUAUAAACAAGCAGUGAUGGCACUACGUUUUUGGCCAGAAUUGUGGGUCGACGCUGCGGAAUGGUGCUACAGUAAUGGGCUUGAUCAAGAUGGCGACACCUUUUUGAAUGACGGAAUAGUUGCCAACCCAGAAAGUUGUAUACUUGCAUUCAAGAAAGCAGACCGCUUGGAAACUACCUUGUCAACCGAAGAGAGUAGCAAAAAUCCAGCUGACAAGGGCAAUAUUGUUCGAGCACCAUACGACAAACUCCUCGACACUCUCUACGACAUGAUCAAGCAAUUGAAGGCUCGAGAAGCUCAGGAUCUUGUCAAACUUGAGGAAUCACUAGCUCUUGAUGCUUCAAUAAGUGCGAUUAUUAGCAAAGCAGAAGAUGACGAGGAGAAUGAAGCGGAGAAGGCACGAAGAGAGGCCGACAAGGCGGAAAAGACGAAGGCUAUUCAACUUGGCUAUGCGGGUCAAGUGCAUCUCAUGUCUCGAACCAUAUCGUUUGCCUGGAUCGCCUUGAUGCGAGCUAUGCGUCGAGUGCAGGGCAAGGGUGCUGUGAAGGAUGUAAUCGGUGGAUCGAGACAAAUUUUUGCUGAUGCUCGCGCUCGUGGAAAGAUCACAAGCGAUGUUUACGUUGCUAGUGCCUUAAUCGAGCAUCACGUAUAUAAGGAUCCUGCUGGCACGAAGAUAUUUGAGCGAGGUGCCAAGCUAUUUCCGGAAGACGAGGUUUUUAUCUUGGAGUAUUUGAAGCAUCUGCUAUCUAUCGGCGAUACCACAAGUAAGCACCCAGUGUGACACAUUUUACCAAAUUUCUAACCACAUAUAGAUGCCCGAGUUGCCUUUGAAACGGCAGUCAAUCGUUUGACACAGAAGCCUGAGAAUGUUCACAAAGCUAAGCCGCUCUAUUCCUACUUCCACAAGUACGAAUCUCAAUAUGGAGAGCUGUCACAAAUACGCAAGCUUGAACAGCGAAUGGCCGAGGUGUUUCCCACUGAUCCCAAGCUCCAACAGUUCGCCGCCCGUUAUAGUGGUGAAGGGUUUGAGCCAACCAAAGUGCGACUCAUCAUCUCGCCUGCCACUCAGAUGCGACCAAAGAACCUUGCUGUACUGCCUUCGAUUGAACAACAUACUUCGGUCCAAAAUAGUCCUCGGCCAGCAUUCGCACAACCACCCGUGCAAGAAAACAGUCCAAGACCUCAGUACUUACAGACCACAAACUCCCCAAAACGUCCUUUCCCCGUGGAUGACUUUGAAGAUAUGAACCGACCCCAAAAGAUGUUGCGGCGAGGCGAAUCGCCACUUAAAGGAGCGGCAGGUCGGCGUCUGAAUCAACAAAAGCAGCUCCAGCAGACGCAAGGAACCCCAACAUGGCAAUCGAAUGCUCCGCCUGUUGCGGUACCACGAGACAUCACAUUUCUCCUCAGCAUUAUUCCCAGAGCAGAUCUUUAUACGGCCACCAAGUUCAAUGCCGAAUCCAUGGUUCGACUGCUUAGUCAAACUCAUGUUCCGGAUUAUAGCGCAUGGAAAGCUUCCCGAGACCAGCCUCAACCAUUGCCACCUCAGCAACCGCCACAAGCACAAUAUGGUAGGGCUCCCAUCCAUCAAAACGACCGACCCCAAUCACAAGACCAGCAUCAACAGCCGCAUUACUCUUUUGCCGGUCAAGAUGACCGUAGUUGGCAAAAUCAGACCAGCUACGGAAACCGUCCAAGUCAAAAUGUGAACAAUGAACGUAACGGCUACUCGCAGCCACCAGUUCAGGGCAUGCAUUUGCAAGGACUUCCACCUCGGCCAGAGCCCAAUUCCGGUUAUUACCAGCAGGACUAUAACAACGCCCCUGGCACUAGUGGAAACUGGCAACAGCCCCAGGUUCAAAAUCCUGGCCCCUCUUUAGCGCCUGCUCAAACAUGGUAUCAACAACAAGCUGACCAAUUCGCCCCAGGGUACAACUCUUACGGUCGAUAAUCGAGAGUUCUUUAGCGGAUUACAAGCAAACUUCUUCAACACUCCGGACUGGUUUAGGCCUCCUCCUCCUUCCUCUUGGCCAAAGUAAUUCCACGACACGAGCAGCAUACAGGUGUGUAUUAGGUAUUGCUUACGAGCUGCGCAAUAUUUUCUUCUUAAUAUGCGGUGGAGGAACUUUUGAUGCUUUUCGGGAAAUGGAUUCAUUGGGUCACCCCAACAAGGUAUCUCCAAGUCCGAGCUGAUUAUCUUUCUUGUCUGUUGUCUUACUCAUAGCAUGGAGUUCUGGUGAACCCUGGGGAUCUCAAAAAAAUAGCAGGGCAGUGGUACCUGCUUCUAGCACUGAUGUAUAAUAGGAAAGCGAUAGUACCAUGCAAUGCAAUGCCAUUUCAAAAUUU